UCUGUUUUGACAUGGUCAACUUUGUCAUGACGCACAAAUGCAGUAUUGACAUCUGCCCACAUACUGUACGCAGUCUAACCCAUUCACACCUACAGUAGGUGUGGAGCCAACAACAAUUAUGAACAUGUCUUUGUAUCCAACUCGUUUGUUCAGUCAGAGGAGGAUUUACUGAAGUCAAGUUCGGCUUAUGGUCUUUAUCCAGCCACAUUGGCAACAGAAUGGAGGUCUCAUGGAAUUUCAGGUUUGGGAUUGUCAUUCUUGGGGACUCAGCAGUAGGAAAGUCCUCUCUUCUCCAUCGCUACACUGAGGGCAUAUUUGAUGACUCAAGGCUGUCUCCGCUUGGAAUUGAUUUUAAAGUUCAUCAUGUGGAUUUUGACCCUGGUAUUGUGGUGAAACUGCUCCUGUGGGACACUGCUGGACAAGAGAGAUUCAGGUCAAUUGCCAAGUCCUACAUGAGGAAUUCUGUUGGUUGUUUGCUCGUGUUUGACUUGUCCCAGAGACAGACCUUUGAGCGCAUCUGCAGCUGGCAACAGGAAGUGCUUGACUACGUCAAACCCAACCCCAUGAUAUUCCUGCUGGUGGGCCACAAGUGUGACUUGGAUGUACAGAGGCAGGUCACGACCGAGGAAGCAGAGGCCUUGGCUAAGAAGCUCAACAUGGUGGGCUAUCUGGAAGUCUCCUCCAAGGACAACACAAAUGUCAGCCUGGCAUUUCAGAAUUUGGCCCAGGGAAUCUACAAUCAGUACCAGAAACGCCGAAUCUCCAUCCGAGACGGAUGGUAUGGACUUACAGUUGGAGCACCUGUGCAAAUCGACCCUCCCCAGACAAAGCCAUCUGGCUGCCAGUGUGGCUGAGGAUGGAUAGAGGCCUAUAGCUGCCUAUUAUAUAGAGACAUGAUUCCAAAAUGAUUUUUGCUGUCUCAGACACAAUCUAACAUUACGAUUUAAAUUUAAGAGGAAAUUCACAAUAAAUUCAAACCAUUUCUUUUAACUUUGUGAUGGACAAUCUGAAAAUGUAUUAAAAUGGAAGUAUAGAUAGUUGCACCCGUUGCUAGAGCCAACGUUCCAUCCAAUUAGAGAGUGGAAAUAUCCCUUUAUGUGCCACAUUAGCUUUCCUGUACAUGCGCAUAGCAGGAAGGAGCUGUCACUGCUUGCUUUCCCCCUUUAUUCGUCUGUCUGCAUUCAUGCCUAUUGGGGCCCCUUGGAAGUGUCUCUUAACCAGUCCUUUGUAAGUCUGCACCUAUGCUCUGCCUGUCUGGGUCACCCAGUGGCAUGGGAAGGGGAAGUGAUCAUUUCACACUUGACACAGACAAACAGUGGCACAGAAGCUGUGCGACUGAUUAACUGACACCAAUUCAGGACUUUGCUUUACUUUACUGUGAAGAGCUUGAGUGGUCACAUGAUGAGUGUGUUUGCCUCAUUGAUGCUGGACAUGU